AUGGCGUCGCUUCGAGUGCCGUACAAGGUGGUUGGCAAUGCCGAGAUUCCAACGGACAUAUAUCUGCCAGCAGCAGAUGCUGCGGAUACACCUGCGCCUGCUUUGAUCAUGAUUCAUGGCGGCGCGUUCAUGCUCGGUCACGCAGGCAUCAACAAUAGAGACCAGAUUCAGGAUUGCGUCGAAAGGGGAUGGGUUGUACUUGCGAUCGAGCACCGUCUAUGUCCUGGGGUGAACGUCUUCGACGGUCCUAUGGCUGAUGUGCGUGAUGUGCUUGAUUGGGCACAGAAUGGUGGUCUUGCGACAGCCUUGAAAGAUGAUGGGAAUAAGGUCAAAGUUGACGGGCAGAGAGUCAUGGUUAUGGGAACAAGUUCCGGUGGACAUCUGGCGCUGUCAACAGCUUGGAACGCACCUAAACCUCCUCUAGCGAUCCUGGACUUCUACGGCGCCAAAUGCUUCUCAGAUCCCUUCUGGACCAACCCUAUGCCCGACAUGCCUAAGAACUUCUAUGAACCUCUUUCAGAAGAAGACAUCAGAGCAGUGCACGACGAGAAGGUGGUGUUCAUUGGCGGCAUGUCACUGGAGGGCCAAGCAUCUGACCCGAACCACCCCAAUCCUAAGCAACGGCAGGGAUUUGCUAUGCAUCAAAUUGCAACAGGGACAGUAAUCAAGGCUAUAUGGCCUGCUUACCCAAACGACCUUCAGAGAAUUGACCCAAUUCUAAACGUCAACACGCAGUGGCCACCCACGGCUAUCGUACACGGUACGGCUGACACAACGAUCCCCAUGCGAUUAAGCAAAGAAUUUGAAGAGAAAUUGAAAGGCUAUGGCGUUAGUACACGGUUCAUCGAGGUCGAAGGAGAGCCGCAUACGUUUGUAGGAAAGAUGAAAAAAGGAAGCAAGACGUGGGAUACGCAGAGGAAGGGAUUCGAUUGGUUGGAGGAGCAGUUGAAGGCAUCUUACAGGUUGUGA